AUGUCGCUGGACACCCGCCUCUCUACCCCAGCGGCCUCGAGUCCUAGAGCAGCGCAGGGAGCGAUGUUCGGCAACUUCGUCGAGAACCUGGGACUCAAAGAAGGUUUCGCGGAGUUCAAGGAACAGCUGAACAAGGAGCACGGAGAAGGUACUUGCAGAGCGGAUGCCAAGACCACGAUUGCCAACACCCAGUUUGCCAAGGACAGGGGCAUCGAUGUGGCCAAGCUGGACGAGUGGGAGCAGCAGAUACAAGAGCAGGCCGCGAACACGACGGCAGAGCUGCAUGACCGUACCAUUGGCCGUGCGGUGGAGAGCUUGGCACAGGACGAAACCAUUGCCCAACUCCUUGAAUUGCAGUCUGAGAAGGAAGCUGUGAUAGAGGAGCCGUCGGAAGCUGCCACUGGGCCUGUGGAAGGGCCCGCCUCCACGGAGGCGCCAAAGAUCGCCCAGGAGGAGGCCAAGGCCAAGCCCAGAUCACAUCCGGACGGAGAGGCGGAGGACAUCCAGUCCUUGCGGAGAAGCCGCGACGAGGCCAUGGCGCAAGCCGAAGCGCUGCAGGCGCGCCUGGCCGACGUCAGUGCCGUCUCGGAUGAGGCUUUGGAAAAGGCCGCCCACGAGGCCUGGCUGCUGAAGCGAGCCGUCGAGGAGAAAGAUGCAGCGCUUGCGUCUGCGAGCGAGGUGCAUGCAAAGCUCGAAGAGCAGAUGGUGACGGCUCAAAGGCGGUUGGAGGAUCUGGAGGCAAACUUUUUGGAGCGACUUCAGCGUGAAGUGAGCCAAAAAGAGCAAGAGCUCUUGGACGAGGUGGCAUACCUGCGAAGAGCCGGCGAGGCGAAAGAGCGACGGGUACAGGACCUGCAGGCCGAAAACGGUGCCCUGGAGCGCCGGCUUCUGGUCAAAGCCAGCUCGGGAGUCAGCGAUGCUGGAGACGUCAUGCUUGAGGCGCACACAGCAAUUGCACAAGCCUUCGGCGAUUUGUCCGCACAGCAUCCAUGCCUGCGGCUUCUGGAUGAACCGAUCCUGAGGCUGCUCGCCCUGCUUUUCAAGCAGCCGCUCUUCCGGCGGAUGUUCUUCGUGGCCUCCGCCUUCCUUUGGGCGUUCAGCCUGCUCCACGCGCUGACAUCGGACCACGGUGAGACUAUCCACGUACCUUGGCCGCAGUCUGGCGCCAUGGCAGAGUACGGUGAGUACGAGCUUUUUUUGAAGCAAGAGCUUGAGAAGCUGCAUGAGAAGUUGGUGGAAAAGUACCAGGUUGACAUGCAAUAUGCAAACGAGAGGUCCUCCGAGCAAGUGGUGCCAGACACGCAUCAGCUUAUCAAGCCUCGGCCACUCUCACGUUCCGCUAGUGGGUUCAUCAGCAACACGAGUAGCCGAGCGAAGAUCGAUCCGGGAUCCCUUCAGCUUGAUCUCCCCUCGACUUAUCCAAGCUCCUCUUCACCGGGCUUGGGCUUGGAACCCGCACCAGUCGUAAGCAAUUGGGAAAAGCUUACCUCCAAGCUGAUGAACACAACCGACGUUGAGAAGUCUGACAGCGAGGACGAAGAAGUCGCAUCUUAUGUCAAAGACAUACUGACCAUCCGCCCUCAGUGGAAGACUGCUCUGCAGCAGCGUGCGUUGAAGCGCGAGAAGACCCAAACCUUCAAGUCCUCAACACCAGUGAACCAGACGCCCCGAAUGAAAGAUGCAGCCAUGGAUGGCUCGUGCCUUCAGCCACUGGUGAGAAAGCCAAGCAGUAAGCUUCAGAUUACUUGGUCUCUCCUCGGUGUCUUGUUCAUCGUCUGGGAUAUGAUUACCAUCCCUUUGGAGCUCUUCGACGAUGAAGAUAUGAUCUCUUUGCUCUUGGUGGUGGGUAGGUUUACUUUCGGAUAUUGGAUCCUUGAUAUGCCGCUUCAUGCAAUCUUCGGCGUGGAGAUUGACGGACAUCUCGAGUUGCGUCCACGGGAGCUGCUCAAAAGGUAUUGGCGGUCCUGGUUCGGUAUCGACCUGAUGGUAAUCUCCAUCGAUGCAGCACUGCUCAUCGCGGAGCUGGUGCAAGACCGAGCACCCGCGCCGGCGCGAUCGGCUCGAUACCUGCGUACCUUGCGGCUCUUGCGGCUGCUACGGCUUUUGCGUGUGGCAAAGCUGCAGCGGGAGUUGACGAAACUCGCCAACAGUUUCCUUUCCACCUACGCCUUCAUGGUCAUGCGGGUCGUGUCCGGGCUGAUGAUGAUCUUGGCCGUGAACCACAUCAUCGCAUGUUGCUGGUACGGUUUGGGGCGCUGGACUCUCGAAGAUGGCAGCAGUUGGCUGCUCAACGCAGGCAUCGCGGAUGCGUCUCUAGCGGACUCCUAUGCCACUUCAAUCCACUGGGCACUUACUCAGUUCACACCUGCAACGAACAAUGUCGCUCCGGUCAACUUCGUGGAGAGGUUCUUCGCAGUGUGGGUCAUCCUUCUGGCCAUGGGGACGUUCUCCUCUUUCAUCAGCUCGAUUACUGUAACCGUGAGUACCUUGAGGGCUUCGAGGUCCGAGCAGUUUAAGCACCACUCCUCCUUGGUGCGUUUUUUCAACGAACGGAACCUUUCGACCGAAACUUAUGCAAAGAUCAAUGACGCACUGAAGAAGCAGGGAAUGUAUGACAUCCGCCUCAAGGAGACAGAGGUCACUCUCUUGGGAGGCGUUCCCGAGCACUUGAAGGUCGUCCUCCAUGAAGAGAUGUUCAUGAGCUCUCUCUUGUCUUUGCGUAUCUGGGAUCACUGGAGCCAUGAGGAUGAUCUCUUGAUCCACCGGCAAAUCUGUCAUCUCGCAAUGGUCGAGCAUGUGGCCUCUCCUGGGAACGAUGCCUUCAUGCCCGGCACGGAGUGCACGGAGGUCUACCUUCUGGACCAAGGCAAUAUGGGCUACAUUGCCAGGCAAUUCGCCACCUUCGAAGCAGAGUUUGUCUCUCCAGGCCAAGUGUUGUGCCUGCCAUGCCUGUGGGCGGAAUGGCUUCAUCGCGGGCGCCUAACCGCGAAUGGUGGUACCACAGCAUAUUACAACGGGAUCAACUGCGAAAAGUUCUGCAGCCUCGUCAAACAGCAUGGAAAUCCGCUAUGGCAGAAUUUGCAAAUCUACGGAAUACUGGUCAUCGGCGAGAUCGAACACAUGGAUGCGGAGGACAUCUUUGUCACGGACAAAACCUUAGCGGAAGACAAGAUGCACGAUAUCGCAACCCGUGCCGGACGCUUCGCGGACAUGGUCAACAACCGGCACGAGUCAGAGAAGGCGUCCUUCAUGGCAACACUAGGCGCAGUCGGACACCACCACCACCACCACCACCACCACCGUUCGCCUUCGAGACAGUCCACGAACCGCUCACACGGCUCCCAGGGUCACGGUGCAAAGGAACUAUUGCAAACCGAAGGCAUUGUCCUCGCUCGCAGGGCGAGGGAAGCGGGGAAAGACGGAGGUGGAUAUCCUGAUGAAGAGCUUUUCGCACCCAGUGAUUCAGAUUCUUCAGAGCGCAUGCAGGCACCAGCGGCGUUUCAGACAACGCCGACUGGGGCCAGCAUGGCGCACGAUUCCGCCGCUCGCCAGGCCGAGAGCUUUCUGCAGGGGCCGAUGCCGCAGCAGCCGACUUCGUGCGCAAGCCCGGCCUGGGGCUCACCGCCCCCGGCGCCGUGGACGAAGGCAAAGCCUGCAGGCGCUGCGGCCGCGGCCUCUUCUGCCGUGCCCCGAGGAGCUCAGGCAGCGCGGCACCCCGACGGUGCACAGCCAAUGCCGUUCUCGGGGUCCAGCUUGAGUACAGGCUCAGCACCUGUACGUUAUCCUUCGACGCAGACGCAGAUGUCACCACGCCGAUUUGCAACAGAUGGAGGUAGAGGUCCUGAUGAAGCGCGCUUCGCACCCCAUGAUGCUUACUCUUCGGAGCACAUGCACGUACCGGUGCCGACUCAGCCACCAUCAACUGGGGCGAGCAUGGCUCACAACGUUGCUGCUUGCCAGGCCGAGAUGCCACGGCAGCCGACUUCGUGCGCCAGCCCGCCGCUCCUUUCAACGGCCUGGGGCUCACCGCCCCCGGCGCCGUGGACGCAGGCACAUCUGUUGUCAGAGCUACCGACCAACAGAUGGCAAGUCAGAUUGGCCUCACGGGCAGACGACAGGCUGCGCAAAGCGUGUCAUCACUGCAAUAUGGCAGACUUGGAUGCUGCCCUCUCACAGGGCGCGGGAAUGGGUGGCGAUGGAGACGGCAAGUCGGCGCUGCACGUUGCAGCGCGGAGCGGCUUCUGCGAAGGGCUGCUGAGACUGUUGCAGGCUGGGUUCGACCCCAAUCUGCGCGAUAAGCUUCCCGGCUGA